AUGGAUGAAGAGUACGAUGUAAUCGUCCUGGGGACAGGCCUCAAGGAAUGCAUUCUUAGUGGCCUUCUCUCCGUUGAUGGCCUCAAAGUGUUGCACAUGGACAGAAAUGACUACUAUGGAGGAGAGUCUACAUCUCUUCAUCUUACACAGUUAUGGAAGCGAUUUAGGGGAGAUGACCAACCGCCAGAGCACUUGGGCUCAAGCAGGGACUAUAAUGUUGAUAUGAUUCCUAAGUUUACGAUGGCCAAUGGAGGUUUGGUCCGUGUUCUUAUCCACACAGAUGUUACAAAGUAUUUACACUUUAAAGCUGUAGAUGGAAGUUUUGUGUAUAAUAAGGGAAAGAUUUACAAAGUUCCAGCAACAGACGUUGAAGCACUGAAGUCAUCUUUGAUGGGACUGUUUGAGAAGCGUCGUGCCCGAAAGUUCUUCAUUUAUGUCCAAGACUAUGAAGCAAAUGAUCCAAAAUCUCAUGAAGGGCUAGAGUUGAACCAAGUUACAGCAAGGCAGCUGAUAUCGAAAUACGGGUUGGAGGAUGAUACAAUUGACUUUAUUGGUCAUGCCCUGGCACUUCAUCUUGAUGAUAAUUACUUGGAUGAGCCAGCAAAGGACUUCGUUGAGAGAAUUAAGCUUUAUGCCGAAUCCCUAGCACGUUUUCUAGGAGGAUCACCUUACAUAUAUCCAAUGUAUGGGCUGGGAGAGUUGCCUCAGGCAUUUGCACGUUUGAGUGCAGUAUAUGGUGGAACUUACAUGCUGAACAAGCCAGAAUGCAAGGUAGAGUUUGAUGGCGAUGGGAAAGCCAUUGGUGUCACCUCUGAAGGAGAAACAGCCAAAUGCAAGAAAGUUGUGUGUGAUCCAUCAUAUCUGCCUGAUAAGGUCCACAAGGUUGGAAAAGUUGCACGUGCAAUAUGUAUUAUGAGCCAUCCUAUUCCAGACACCGAUGAUUCUCACUCAGCACAAGUAAUUCUGCCGCAGAAGCAACUUGGUCGUAAAUCAGAUAUGUAUCUCUUCUGCUGCUCUUAUACUCACAAUGUAGCACCAAAAGGAAAAUAUAUUGCUUUUGUUUCAACAGAAGCAGAGACUGAUCAACCUGAGGUGGAAUUGAAACCUGGUAUUGACCUUCUUGGACCUGUAGAUGAGAUAUUCUAUGACACCUAUGACAGAUAUGUACCCUCAAAUGAUCCUGAAGUCGAUGGUUGUUUUAUCUCAGCAAGCUACGAUGCUACCACACACUUUGAGACCUCGGUAGAAGAUGUGCUUGAGAUGUACAGUAAGAUCACUGGAAAGGCUCUUGAUCUUUCGGUGGACCUAAGUGCUGCUAGUGCGGCAGCUGAAGAAUGAGAUUGUUUGAAUCUAUCUAUCUAUAUCUCUCAAUCUAUAUUCUGACGGAAAGAGAACUAACCCAUUUGUAGAUUUUGCUUGAUGGGGCAUUUUGUUCCCCACAUUCGAUUUCAUUCUUUAAUUUAAAGCUGUUACAUUAAUCAAGAUGAUCGUCGUGAUAAUUUUCCUAUGAUCACUUUUCCAUUUUCCAUUAGU